AUGUCGGAACAAAAACCCAAGGUCACCUCGUCCACCGACCCGGCGCUCCGACCGUUCCACGAAAGCCUCUUCGACGCUGGGCUGGCCAUGCGCCGCGCGGUCGUGGGCGACGUGUACGUCGACCGGGCGCUCGCGAACGGCAGCACCGAGUUCUCGCGGCCGGGCCAGGAACUCGUGACCGAGUGGUGCUGGGGGUACGCCUGGACGCGGCCGGGCCUCGCGCGCCGCGACCGCUCGCUCCUCAACAUCGGCAUGCUGAUGGCCCUGAAUCGCGCCCCCGAGCUGGCCGUGCACGUCCGGGGCGCCAGGCGCAACGGCUUGUCCGAGACCGAGAUCAGAGAGGCCAUCCUGCAUGCCACAACCUACUGCGGCGUGCCGGCCGGCGUGGACGCCAUGAAGGUCGCCGAGAGGGUCAUGAACGAGAUGGCCGAGGCCGGAGAGAUGCCCCGCGAGUUGGGUGAGAAAAGCAAGGAUGCUUGA